UAUGAACGAAAUGAAUCCAAAACCACCAAUUUACCAUGAAAAACAAGUUAAAGAGCUAUGCGCCUUGCACGCGCUUAACAAUCUGUUCCAGAUGCGAGGUACAUACACAAAAUCAGAGCUUGAUGGCAUCUGCAGCAGACUAUCACCAAAUGUGUGGAUCAACCCGCACCGCUCCCUGCUGGGGCUUGGCAACUACGACAUCAAUGUCAUCAUGGCAGCACUACAGAAGAAAGGCUGUGAGGCGAUAUGGUUUGAUAAGAGAAAAGACCCCGGGUGCCUGAAUCUUUCCCACAUCUGCGGGUUCAUCCUAAACGUGCCGUCGGACUACAAGUUGGGGUUUGUGAUGUUGCCGCUACGCCGUCGCCAUUGGAUCACCAUUCGCCAGAUCGGUGGGAGCUUCUAUAACCUCGACUCCAAGCUUGAUGCACCACAGUUGAUUGGCAGGAGCAGCGAAUUAAUAGCAUAUCUAAAGGAGCAGUUGGAGAGCAAAGAGAAAGAACUAUUUGUGAUAGUGAGUAGAGAAGUAGAAGAAAAGCAACUGUGGCUGCAUCAAACGCAAAACGUACAUAUUAAGCAACAAACGCAGAAUUCGCCAAACACGCAAAGUUCGCAGCAGCAGGAAUCUAUACAGAACAGCAAUAGCCCUUCUGACAGCAUAUCGUCGUUUUCCACGUACGACUAUAAUAAUCGGGACGCCGAAUGCGUGAAGUUGGCCGAAGUGAGAAACUGUGUAUAGAGUGUAUUAGUGUGGUAACGAAUGGCAAUUUUUAUGUGUUCACAGGUUUUCACGGGUGUAAUGUCGACACACAUGUUGAGUUUAUCCAAAAAAGUAUGGGAUUGUGUCCAACCAAUCUACAGUCUUGUCUUUUUUAAUUAGGAGUAAAAUGACAGUUCGUUGCACAAGUGUUGCCCGCUUGCAAGCAACUAGUGAUUGCAGUCGAUAAAUAUUCUAUCGACUAUCGACUAAAUGUUGGUCAGGCUUAUGCAAUAAAUAGCCGACCUUGUUCCACCAAAAUACAAAGAGUAGACAUAUUUUCAAACAUAAUUGUUUUUGUUAAAUGUGUAUUAAUAAAAAUCGAUUUCGAUAUUAGUAGGCCAACUGUCAAAAUAAGAAUGAAGAGGCAAUAACGCAAUUGGUAAUAACUAGAACGCCUUAACAUUCACACUACAGAUGUUUUGUACAAAAUUUUACUUUCCAUCGCUAAACCUCGCGACAACAGCUACUUAAAAUGACUAUUUAAAAUUAUAUUGAAUUGGCAACCCUAAGCAAAUGUCAUUUUACUCCGUCUUCAAGAAAAGACAGACUAUACUAGAUAAUACACGUAUUGUAUUGGGCUGUUAUUAGCUGGUUUACGCCAAGAUUCACAUGAACAAAUGGCGCGUGCCACAGUUUGUUAUUGUUAGUCUGAUAACUGCGCACGCGCUCAUACAGCUCAAUCUGCUCAGUUCUUUAAUAUUUUUUCUUGUAAACAAUGCGCUGUAGUGACCUUUAGUAAUAGUCCACAAGUAUCAAAGUUUCUAUUAAUUCUAAUGUUAUAAAGGAAACAUUCUGCGACGGUUCUUACAAGGACUACAGGGUUUCAUGUCAAUAGUAUCAGAAUUAUCUUUGAUUACUAUAUAUUCUUCUUA